CGUGUUGUGUCAUUACGAUAAAAUUUACGUUUUCCUUUGUUUAUUUUAAGUUAAUCAUCAAUUUUAGUUUAUUUCUGUGUCGAAAUAUACCUCCACUAAUGAUUUGUGUUUGUGAAUUUUCGUUUUGAAUAUGGGUACAAGCACAAUGGGUAGCGAUUUACACUCAGAUAAGCAGGACAAGUUGUUGAAAUUGCAAGCUAGAAAGAAAGAAUUAGAACAGCUUUUAGCCACAAAGAACGAGGAAUUGUAUAAACUAUGUGUUCAAGAAGUUCAAUUAACGGGAAUCAUGCCGCCCGAGGCCCCCUUGAGUCCCGAAGUGCCAAGAGAAAGACUUAACAGUGUACGUAGUACUGAUAGGUCAACGGAUGGCAAUGAUGUCCAGGACGGCUCAGAGAACACAUCCAGGCGCCUCCGAAUGGCUCCAGGAGAGCGGUUGCACGAUUCAGACCAGAAUCUGCGCAAAAACCUCGCACACAGACUUUCAACCCCAUCGAUAUCUGGUAUGUCGACGAAAAGUGCACACCCAAGGCAUAUACGGCGUCCGGAGACUAGUUGUUCUAAUUUCUUUCCAUCCCCGCCUCAGGAAAGGAAUGCAGACACUUUUUCAAUGCACACCUCUCACACUUAUCCGGCAUUAGCGGGAAGGCAUGAACCAAUGCCCGAAAACAUGCAUAAUGAUGUCAACCAGCCACCUGUGUACAGGCACCACACCAUGACCACUGAGUAUAUGAAUAAAAUUUACUACAACAAUGCUCCAGAGGCGCACAAUGUUACUCGUCUGCGGGAGACACACUUCAGCUCAAGCCAUCCUGAUAUUACUACCCACUACACUCACACUAAUGCGGCGCCACAACCAAUGGCACAGCAGAAUGGUAUGAGAAAUAAUGCUCUCUUAUAUCAGUAUGCAUCUCAUCUCAAGGCCCAGAGUCAACAUUUGGCAGGUCUUCCUCAUCACCACCAGAUGCAAGUUCAAUCUAAAAGAAGACCUGAAGGCAGCCGGAGAAACACAUUGCAGCGCACACAGACCUACCAUUUAACAUCGCAUAGUGAUUACAAUCAACAUUUAGAGAAUAUUGUGGACACCCACAGGCCCCCCUUGCCAAUGUACCAGCACCGAUCUCAGCCAGAUAUUCAAGAGCUGCCUACAGAUAGAAUACAUGUGCCUACAGAAAGACCUAGUGUACCCAAUACCUUGCCUUUGCGUGAACGAAAUGCCAGACCUAUGCACAUGCCCCUGCAAGUAUCUACAGAUGAAUAUGCCCAUGAAAGACGAGGUUAUCCUGAUGCACUGAGUCCUGUCAGUCAGUUAUCAGGAUUUUCUCAAGGAAAUUUUGACUCGGUCAGUAUGAAUAAAUUUUCACCUCUAUCUCAAGAUUCCAAAGUCCGAGAGAAGCAGUGGUAUGAAACCUCAUUGGACUCUCCCACUAAAGCUGAGGCACCUUUGCUGAAGAAGAGUUCCAGCCUCAAAAGGACUUCAAGUAUAGGUAACUCUCAAACUUAUGAGAUAAUGAUUUCCACAGGCCGUCAUUCUGCCAUGCAGAGCCCUAAUCAGUCCCACAGUCCUGCUAUAUUAUCUCCGACCUCUUCUACUUUAGAAUCUCCCAAGAACUUGACAGUCAUAGAACAAGGUAAAUGCAUACCAUACAGAGAGGAGACGAAGCCUUUUGAAAUGUCAGACUUUUAUAAAUACUCAACCAAAUUCCGGCAAGCCGGGCCCCCAAAGACGCAGCCCGCACCUAUGCAUUCAGGGUACAACAAGUUACCUAUGGAGUUACCGCAAUAUGCGCAAGAGCACUGGCAGGGACAAAGCAACUAAAGCAAGAUUUUUUAAGCCAGUCUAGUCUAGGGGAUUUGACUGAUGUAGACCUGAAGUCAUGAAUCGUUGGCACAAGCUGAUAUUCUGAAACUUGCAACUAUUUUAUGGGCAACUAAAACACUCUGUUGCACCUUGCAUUAUUUAUUUUAGUGACUAAUUUUGGAAAUAGGUUAAACUAUCUUGUCAUAAAAUUACUAUAAUCUAUUGAAAUUUAAUGAAUGUAUUUAGAUUAGAAGGUGUUACUCAGCGGGAGUUAAUUUUAGUUAUUGUACUUAUAAAACAGUAAAGCUAAGCUAUGCCAAUAGGUAAAUAAUUCAGAUCUCUGUAUAAACUGUUUAUACUUAACAAUUGAAAGAUAGCAUUAUAAAAAAUGUUAUCUAAUGAACCUAGAAAAAAUGUGAAUGACCUAUACCUAUUUGAAUGAAACCUGCAAUUUGUUAAAGUUGAGGAUUACAUUUUUCAGAUUAACAUAACUGAAAAAUAUAUAAAAUUCAGAAACUGCAAUCAUUAUAUAAUAAUAUGUAUUGUUAUAGGAUAUUUAGACCUGAAGACAAUAGGUUUACAAAUGUUAAAAUGAGACUGAAAUAUGUACAAAGGACUAGCAUUUUAUUAUUAUCAGUCUAAAUGAUAUUGACAGAAGGGACUGUGAUAGCAAUAUUUAAAUUGUUGUAUAAGGACAAUAAAAUCAAUCAGAUAAUGGACUACCUUUAUCAUAUUGUAUUUGUAUAUGUUUUGUCACAAAUAUGAAACUCAUCGUAAUCAUGGUAUUAUGACAUAAUAUUUGUAGUAAGAAAUUGUUGAUAAAAUAACAUGUUACUGUUGAUAUCAUGCCACUUUUUAUGAUUAUGUGUUAAUAAUAAUUGAUAACACAAGUGCAAUGUUAAGCCCACCGCUUAUUUUAAACAUGAGAGUGUCAAUUGAAAUUGCCUUAGAUCCCCUUUUCCAGGCCGUACCAAGGUACCAUGAUACCUUACCAGGUUUCUUGACACAUUCUUAAAUAUACC